UGCAGGGCUUGAUUGCUCCUUUCAUUUUCAUUUUCCGUGGUGCUGGGAAGUGCAGUUCCACUUGGGGCACCAGGAGCUUGCUAAGGCGCUCCAGGUCUUUGUGUGCAGCAGCAGCCACCCAGGCUGGAGCACUGAGCCCAUGAACCCCGGUGCAGGAAGCCCAGGCAGCAGGUCGUAGCAGCUGAGAUGUCUCGGGGACCGUGGUGGCCUCAGCGCCGCAGCACCCUGCUCAUCCCCAAGGCGCGGGGAGGCCGAGCACAGGGCGCCAUGUACCUGCUCCUGGCUGUGUGUGCCGCAGCGCUGUACCUGACCGGGGAGCCCCUCGUGCCCACCGCCCGCAGCCUCACCCACCACUUUCUGGCCCUGCAGAUCGGGGUGCUGCUCAAGGGCACCUGCUACCUGGCAGAGGAGAUCUUCCACCUCCAGUCCAGGCACCGCGGCAGCUUCUGGAGGGUGCUGAGCGCGUGCUUCCCGCUGCGCUGGCCCACACUGAUCCUCUGCACCUUAGCAUAUGUGGCUCUUCUCGAUGAAGACAGGCACAAGCUUGGCCUCCACCUCGGCCUGGCUGCCCUGUGCUAUCUCCUCAGCAUCACCCUGGGGCUUCACAAGCCCUCAGCAGUGGAGGUGUCUGAGAUGUCGGAGAGGUCCAAGCAGAACGUCGCUCAUGGACUUGCCUGGUCUUAUUAUGUUGGGUACCUAAAAAUAGUCCUGCCACGGCUGCAAAAGUCAAUGGAGGAAUUCAGCAGAGCCAACCCCAGCAUGCCGUCAUGCAGGGAGACCUGGAAGCUCCACAUCUUGAUUCCUCUGAGCUUUGACAUCUGUGAUGACCUGGAGAAAGCUGACAGCAACAUCCGGUACCUGACAGACCUCACGGAAACCACUCUGACCCGAGCUGGCACCAGAAACAGGGUCUACAAACACAGCCUCUAUGCCAUCAGGGAUGAAGAUAACAAGCUCUGGCACUGUGCAGUGGAAUAUGCCACCCCGCUGCAGUCCCUCUAUGCCAUGUCCCAGGAUGAGUGUGCUGCCUUCAGCCGGGAGGACCGCCUGGAACAGGCCAAGAUUUUCUACAGGACCUUGGAGGAGAUCCUGAAAUGCUCCAAGGACUGCAUGGGUACCUACCGGCUCAUUGCCUAUGAGGUGCUAAACAGCAAGAAAACUGUAGAGACCUUUUGUUGUUCAUCAACAACAAAACGCGGCCUUUAUUGCCAGCUGGUUCCUUCAGUGGUGACUCCUCUCGGCUGGCUUCAGACCUGAUGUUCCUCUCGAACAUGCCUACUAAAACCGCAUCAUCUUCUGCUUGAGGUCGGUGACUGGUCCACCUUUCAUGAGGAACCAGCUUCAGGUGAGCAGCAACCACCGCUCAACAGGGCUGUGCUGCCCUCAAGUGUUGCUUUUUAACCACAUCCCAGUUCUCAGCCUGCACCAAGUUGUGCUUUCCCGGUUUUGUAGUUGUGCUCCAAGAAAGGCCCUUAAUUCACAUCAAGUAUUCUCAUUUCACCUUUCGUGUAGUAGAAGUCCUGUUUGAAAAGCGGGUUGGUGUGAAGGGCUGAGGGAAAUGGCUCACCCAUGCCUGGUGCUACAACUUCUCAUGCUGCAAAGCACAGCAGACAGUGCUUGGGAUGUCAGUGAGCGAUGGACUCACAUCUCUUGGAUUUAUACUGGCUAGGAGUUAACUGCCUCUGCUUCCUGCUGCAGCUGCUACUGCCCCCAAGGUCCCUUUCGUUGCCUCUUCCCAGUGGCUCAGUGGGAGCAGGGUAAUGCCUAAAUUCAAUUUAUUAAUUAAUAUAUAAAUGUAUAUAUUAUACAUAAUAAUUAUCGCAUUAUAUAUUGUAUCAUAUAUAAUAGUAUGCAUUUUAUAUAUAAAUACUUUAUAAAUUAAUUAAAUUAAAUGAGCACCAGCAGCAGUCCAGAAGCCCUCAAAGGGCUCAGUGCUCGUUCAUGCGGCCUGGUUUAGUGCACAGCUCUGCCUGAAAAGUCACACCUUCAGACCCUUAAGCCUUUACAUCCUGGGAUAGCACCCAUUGGGAUAACAUAUAUGUAACCCUCUAUAUCCCGAUUUCUAAUUAAGGUUAGCCAAGCAUCUGAAAUCUUCAUUUCAAACAUGCACUUCUCAUUCCUGCCUCUAGCUCUGCAGUGCCUGUUUCCCAAGCUGAAAGUGCUGCAGUUCACGUCUCACUGGCAUCUUCUGCAAUGUGCUAGAUGCAGUGUGGUCCCCAGCACGACUGUGAGGUGCUUAGGUCUCACAGAAAGGGGAACAAGCAAUGGGGAAACAACCUAAAGCCCCAAGUGGGGAUGAAGGGCUACUUUGGGGUGCCAGGCUGGGUCACAAUUGGCUCAGGGGUCCACAGGGUCCCUUCCAGUGGCAGUUCUUUACUAACCCAAGCCUCUUAGAGAGAGAACUGCAGCUCCAGUCUCUAGGUAGUAACUUGAAGGUUUUAGGGGGUCACUUUUGUCCUUUUCUCAUCCCCAAUGGUGCUGGGGUUUGCAGGAAGAGCAGGAGCCAGCCCACUGCUCCCAUCACCACCGAGUGUCCCCAUACCCAGCCAGUGUGGCUUGAAGCUGCUCAGGGCAGGAGUGACGCUGCUGACCA